CAGGUCAAUGCAAACCUGGGGCGGGGGAGGCCCGGCGUCGCGGGGGAGGCCUCCCGCAUUGGAUUCCAGCGUGGCCAGUUCCUCGGUCUCCGAAGGAAUCACCCUUUUUUCGCUCGUAAAAGGCUUAUUUCGUUCUAGAGCACUGUCUCGUACUCAGUGUUUUUCAAAUUUUUGUUGUAUAAAAAUUUUAAAGGGACUUUGAAACAGUGCAGAUUCCCAGAUAUUCUAAACUGUGUUCAGGAGUUCAUGACCUUUACAAGUCAGCUGAUUGUGGAGCGCUCAGCAAAAGGCAGCAGAGCGUCUGUCAAAGAACAAGAGUAUCUGUGCCACGUCUAUGUCCGAAACGACAACCUAGCAGGUGUGGUCAUUGCCGACAGCGAAUAUCCUUCCCGGGUGGCCUUUACCUUGCUAGAGAAGGUACUAGAUGAGUUCUCCAAGCAAGUUGACAGGAUAGACUGGCCACAGGGAUCCCCUGCUACAGUCCACUAUGCAGCCCUGGAUGACCAUCUUAGUAAAUACCAGAACCCGCGAGAAGCUGACCCCAUGACCAAAGUGCAGGCUGAACUAGAUGAAACCAAAAUCAUUCUGCACAACACCAUGGAGUCUUUGUUAGAGCGAGGCGAGAAGCUAGAUGACUUGGUGUCCAAGUCAGAAGUGCUGGGAACGCAGUCUAAAGCCUUCUAUAAAACUGCCCGGAAACAAAACUCAUGCUGUGCAAUCAUGUGAUCCAGCCAACAGAGACCCCUGCGCUGGAAAUGGCACCAUCAUUCAUAAUGAGAACCAUAAAGCAUCUGGAAAAGAAGAAAUUGUCACAGAACAGGAUCCAGAGUUGGGGACACCUUUUCAUUUUUUAUUCUGGGAGUUUCCUAGGAGGAACUGAGGAGGGUAGUAGAAGGAAUUGGGGGGGAGGGGGGAUGUUCAAAUUCAUAUGUCAAGUUGUAAUUUCUGGAAAGAUAAUUUGAGGCCCCCAAAGGUAUAGUUUUGGGCCAAAUGAGACCAUAAACUCUCAAUGACUCCUGCAGAUGCUGAAGGACAGGGUUUUCACACCCCCUCUUGCCCCCAGAAAGAGUUUGAUGGGCCCCUAACUUCAACAGAGCACCACAGGAAGGUCAGAACCAGUUCUUUCUUGACCCUUUUGUAUAUUAAUUAUAUUAAUGUUAGAAGAAAGUCACUCCAGCAAGCAGGAAGGUGUUUGCUCAUCGUAGUGGGGCCGCAGGGCUGGGCUGGGGCCAAGCUUAAAGAUCACAUUCUCCUGAGACAGCCUCUCCAGGCCACAGUGGCCAGUCCAGGGCAGCGGGCCAGUGGCAGGGCAUGUUCUAUCAAGGCACGCGGCUGUGGGAUGGUCAGUAGCCAGGCAACUGGUACAGGUGCCUAAGGAGGCAGCUGCUGAGCACCACAGGUUGCUGGUAACAGCUGUUCUGUUCCCGUUUUUGUGAAGAUUGGCUUCCUUUGGAGGGCAGGGCCACCCUAAUCAACGUUUUCAUCCAGUACCACAGAGGUGACUUGGAUGAGCAGAGAUAUUUGUAGGAGCAUGUAGGUAGUCGCCAUUCCAGCCAGCAGGUUGGGAGUUAGGCCCGGGAAAAUGGGAUGUUUUUCAUUGGUCAGCUGGAAAUCAUCUUCAGGCCGAAUCCAGCCCAGAGUUCUUGGAGCUGCUGGGGGGCGGCAGGCAUCUGCUCUGAGUUGUGAUAUGAUUUUACCUUGAACAUCCGGAUCAAAGCAGUGUGUCCUGCAGUCUCUCAACCAGUUUUCAUAUGCCUCUCUGGCUGCCUGGCUGUCUCAGCAGGCCCAGGCAUCUUCCCGUGUGGGAGGUGUCUCCAGCUUUCCUCUGCCCCGCACCUAGCUCAGAAGAAAGACCGUCUGGCUCAGGAGUCCUGGCCAGAGGCAGCUGUUGGGGGUAGAGGUCGAGGAGCGCUCUGGUUCCAGGGGCUCAGGAGCCCGUCUUGUCCUACAGGAGGCCUGCCCAAUGCUGGAGACAGGCUAGUGAGAGAAGCCUGUCAACGGGGUGCGUACAUCCUGUGCAGGCUGCGGUGCCGUGUCCCAGACUGCCCAUUUCACGCUCUGCUGUGCUUACGAGGACACAAGCUCAAAUUGCACCUUUGGGAUCCUGUCCUCACAAAGUCCCUGCUGGGUUGGUGCCGUCUCACCAAAUUUUGGACCAGCAUGGUGUCACCCUUGUGAACCCCUCGCUUGAGCUUGUCUCCCUUACCAUGCUGGCUCUUGAUCACCCAAGAGGUCCCACUCUGUCACAAGUGCCAGGCAGCCGGCCUUCACUGCUUGGGCUGGGGUGGGACCUGGACUGUGCCUGACCCUAGCUCCUGACAGCUUAUGUGCCAUCUGCCCUCGGAGCACUGUACUGGCUAAAGGCCUUCUACCGGCUUGUCUGGUUUCCUACUGCCAUGAGGCCCCUCAGCCCAGGGCUGGGCACCUCCACCUCUUUAUAGCCCUGGAAGGUGGCAUACCCAGCCCUGCCCACUGGAGUCCUGGUGCCUGAAUGUGGGUGCUGACCUUGCCUUUGGGUCUUGGUGGGUUUUGUGACAUUUCAGUCCUUACCCUGCUCUGCCUCCGCAGGGAGAAAGGAACAGUUCCCUCUCCCACACGGGGGAAACACAAGGGGGGGCGGGAUGUGAAUCUGUGGGCCAAAGGGAUGAGAUCCGUUACCAGAUCUGCUGCCAGCCCUGGGCCAGGUAGAGGGUCCUGUCUGGCAGUGAGGGUGGGGGCUGCUUCUGGAGGGGUUGGCUGUGUGAUGGGCUCUGUAGUGCAUCUGGUCUCUUGUAUGCUAAUCAUUUGACCGAGUGUGUAGCUGCUGCCUAACUUUGUUCGGUUUUGGGGGGUUCUUGUCUGGAUAAAAAUGUCUGUUGAAAUUCUAA